UUGUCUUGGAGUUAGCUCCCUUAGGCUCUAUGGCAACAGUCUUGAAAGGAAAAUACACAGUUGAUAAAAUGGUCCAACACAGGAUUGCUCUACAGGUAUCAGAGGGCUUGGCUUACCUCCACAAGAUGUUGAUUGUUUACCGAGACAUGAAGCCAGACAAUGUACUAAUCUACAGUCUUUCACUGUCAGAAGUGGUGAAUGCUAAGAUAUCGGACUAUGGGAUUUCUCGGUUUUCUACACCUGAUGGUCUGACAGCUCAGGAGGGGACACCUGCUUACAGGGCUCCAGAGGUCAUCAGGGGGGAGACCUACUCAUUUAAGGCUGAUGUCUUCUCCCUUGGUAUAACCUUGUAUGCUCUGGUGAGUGGAGGCCGCCACCCAUUUGAUGACUACGACUACAAAACAGAGAUGGACAGAGUCAUUGCUGAGGGACAUCUGGCCCCACCCAUAACACAGAAGGGGUGUCAGCCUUGGCCAGACAUGCAGACAAUAAUUACCAGCUGUAUGAAUCAAUCUCCAGACAAAAGACCAACAUCACACCAAGUUUGGGAGAGGCUAAAGGAUCCAGAAAUUUUAGGUUUAAGAGAGUCAUCCCAAUAUCUAAAGGCACAACUGUAGAGUGUUUCACAAUACAG